AUGCUCAAGACUUACAUUCUUUUGAUGUGCCUCGUCAUCUUGUCGGUGACAGCAGCUCCCAUUGAAAAGCGCGCAAAGAAAUACCAUGGAACUGGAACUUGGUUCGUCCCUGAGAAAGAAGGUGGUAUUUACGGUGCCUGUGGUCCCAAGGAAAACAGUGAAUCAAUGAUCGUCGCCUUGAAUGCCGAACAAUACGGAAACAUGAACAAGAAGUCCAAGUUUUGCGGCAGUAAGAUCAAAAUCGAAGGUCCCAAGGGCACCACCACUGCUACAAUCAAUGACGCCUGCCCUGGAUGCAAGAGUGGAGACUUGGAUCUCACACCAGUCAUAUUCAAAAAGAUCAUUGGUGAUUUUGAUAUUGGAGUUGGCGACAUUACCUGGUAUGAGAUCUAG